AUGUUAAGUUUGGAUAGUGUGGAUAAUUAUGAGAAUUUAUUGAAAUUUGAUGAAAGAAUCGAUGGUUUAUCGGUGAGUCUGGUUUAUCGUAACCACCAAUUAACGCAAAUCAGCACCCGUGGCAACGGAAUUAUUGGGGAAGAUAUAACUUUUAAUAAAGGGCUAUUAAAAAAUGCUCCUCUUUUUUUAAAAGAAGUUGCUAAUUGCGAAGUGCGGGGGGAAGUUUACAUGAAAAAAGAAGAGUUUUUGCGUCUGAAUGAAGAAUUAAAAAAAUCUGGUCAUAAAUUAUUAGCCAAUCCUCGUAAUGCGGCCGCUGGCAGUUUACGCACUCUGGUUCCUCUCCAAAAUAGAAAUCUACAUUUUUUUGCUUAUCAAUUAUUCAAUAGCAAUUUGCCGUCCCAAUUGUCUUGUCUCCAAGAAUUAGAAAAAUUGGGGUUUGUGGUUAGUCCUGAUUAUCGUUUAUUCAGAAACAUUGAGGAAGUGGAAAAAUUUAUUCAGCAGCAAGAGAAAAAACGGGGGUUCUUGGAGUUUGAAAGCGAUGGGGUGGUGGUUAAAGUAAAUGAUUAUAAAUAUUAUGAAAAAUUGGGACAGACCAGCCGUUUUCCCCGCUGGGCUAUAGCCUAUAAAUUUCCGGCUUCGUUGGCGGUCAGUCAAGUUCAAAAUAUUUAUGUGGAAGUAAGCCGCAACGGCCGCAUAACUUAUGUGGCCGAAAUAAUUCCGGUAAUUUUACAAGGCAGUAAAAUUAGCAAAGUAACACUCCACAAUUACGCUUUUAUCGCUAAUUUAGAGUUAAAUAUCGGCUUAGAUAUUAAGGGUAUCAGCACGAAAAAUAUUCAAAAACUUUAUGAGAAUAAUUUAUUGAACCAGCCGGCUGACUUUUAUCGUCUUUAUCAAAAGGAAAGACAAUUGUUAAAAUUAGAAGGGUUUCGGAAAAAGAGUGUUGACAAUAUGCUACGCUCAAUAGAGAAUUCCAAAAAAAGGCCUCUGGAUAAUUUAUUAACGGCAUUGGGAAUCCCACUCCUCAGUUCGGUCAAAGCCCAAAAAUUAACUAAGUUUUAUCCGAAUUUAACUAGUCUUCUUACAGCGGUAAAAAAUGAAGAAUGA